UAAAUGGCCGACUUCGUGAACUUCGCGUUGCUACCAAGCGAAUACGGACCUUAAGUUACAGUAUCGAUAUUAUAAUUAUAAAUUACAAAUAAAAAACUAAAUACUUUUAGGUGCAAUAUAAGUGAGAACAAUACGAGAAUUUUAAAGUGUAAUUUUUGUUCUGCAUCUAUUGCACAAGGAUAAAUAACAAUGGGAUUAACGAACUAAAAUAUUCAACAGCAGUUUUAAAAAAAAUCAAAAUGACGAACAAAUCGCAGAUCCUUUACAAUAUUUUCCAAGAGAUACUGGCAGCAUCGGGGAACUCUUCAGACAGCCAGAGCAUUAAUGAGACCAAGAUCUUAUCAGUGUUACGUGAGCAGACCGCAAAAGGGCAAGGCAAUAAUUUGGGCUCGAUUCUAGUGAAGGUUGUAAGUGAUGCACAGAGUAAACUCAACCUCACCAUCAAACCUGAUCCCUGUGGCUACUGCGAUGGUGACUUCAGACACGUUAUAGAAACAUACAAUGGAAUUCACGGAUACGUCAGUUUAUUGGUCUGCACUAUUGGAGUUCUUGCAAACUCUAUGAAUAUAGCUGUGCUAACUAGGAAGGACAUGGCGGCAGCACCUAUCAACCGCCUACUCAAAUGGCUCGCCGUUGCCGACGUUUUCGUGAUGGUUGAAUACGUACCUUUCGCGAUAUAUAAAUACUUAGUUUUGCCGGAAAAAUUAGACUUUCCAUAUUCUUGGGCGAUGUAUCUACUAUUUCACAUGCACUUUGCUCAAAUACUACACACGGCGUCCAUCUGCCUCACGCUAGCGCUGGCCAUUUGGAGAUAUGUCGCUAUCAAAUACUCCGACAGAAGCCAUAUACUCUGCACGGAACGGAGAUGCAGCCUCGCAAUUCUUACUAGCUUCAUUCUUCCGCCGAUAUUGUGUACUCCAACAUUUAUGGUAUUUGAUAUCUAUACAAAGAACGUGAGCGACGCUGAAAAGAUGGUCAAGCGCCAGCACAAAGCAGAUAAAAGAACUGACAGAACGACGAAAAUGUUGCUGGCGGUGUUGCUACUGUUUCUCGUAACAGAACUUCCUCAAGGUAUUAUGGGGCUGAUGAGCGGACUGCUCGGCCCUUGCUUCUUCAAGCGAUGCUACAAUUUAUUUGGAGAGAUCAUGGACAUGUUGGCGCUGGUGAACGGUGCUAUCAACUUUAUCCUGUACUGCUCGAUGUCCCGCCAGUUCCGGCAGACGUUCCGGCAGCUGUUGCUUCAGAGGCCACUCGCUCGCUUCUUGCCACCCGCCGCCUCGCACUCUGAGUCCCACAACCAAAACACGUGCUCGGAAAAGAUAAAAAGAUAAUUCUGCAAACACAUCGUAAGCUGUCUACAGCAAAGACGUCGGUACCUUGAGGUCGGGUUCGCCAGGCGAAUGUUCCCGCUGUGUGCGAACAUUUCCUUUAAGAACUGUCAACUGUCGCAAAGACUUAGGUAGGUAGGAACAUUUCAGUGAAGUGUUAUUUAAAUAUCACGAUACAACUACGUCAAAAGGUUGUCAUGGCAACGUACAAUACGAGGCUAGGAUUUUAUGGCGACAGUGUUUCAAAAAACAUUUGAUAGUGGGAAACAAGAUUAAUAAUUAUUGGAGUGUAAUAUACUUUGUUUAAAACUUUAAUGUAUCAGUGCUUUUAAAUCUUUUGUAAAUAAAUAUAUAUGAUAUUUAUAGCUAUAGAUUUUCAUUGUCAAGUUAUGUGUUUCAAACUAGUAGCCUCGCGAAGAAUGUUUGUCGAUUACUCCCCCACAAGUGUCACCGACCGCGUCCUUAGCUCGUCUGCUCUACUGAGCGUGCAUCGGUAAACGCGUGACGUCAUGAGGCUAUAGACAAAGAUUUUACGCACGAGGAAAUAUGCGAUUAUAUUGUAUUGAUAUAAUAAUGUUACUGUUUUUAUCACCCGACUGGAAAAGUUUUUUCGUAAAUGUAUAAGUUUGUUUUAUAUUUGUUUAAUGUUUUGUAACUGGUUGAUACAAAAGAUUAUAUUGAUGAUUUUUCUUAAUUAGAUAGUAAUUUUGUUAUCAUAUAAAAUAAAAUAAAUGUACAAACAUUGUGAAGUAAUUGGCGGGAAAAAUGUGUUAUCUUUUGUAGAAAGUAACAUGAGAUACAAAAUUUAGUGAUGAUUUUUUAAAUUUCAAAAUGUAUUUAAUUUCAUUUUUCAAACAAAUGUUUCCGGAUAUUACUUCAAAGCUUGGAUUUAUUUGUUUUCUCCGCAAUUCAAUACAGCGAUAAAACCGGAUAUCGAAAACUAUUAUUAACGGAUGUAAUGGUCGAGUAUUUGGUUACUAUUUUAUGUUUGUUUCAAGGAAAUGUAGCUCAACGAUAGAUUUUUCUUUUUAGAUCUUAAUGAUUUAUCUAUAUUAUAACGUACAUACUAACUUCUUCAGAGGCAUAAACUUCGAAAGUAUGUUAAAAUUACUCUUCCACCUUAUGUGAAAUUUGAAAUAAAAAAUAAAUAUUAAUAGUGAAGUAAGAAAUAUUUCCAUUAAUCCUUACAAUUUGAGGUUCUAAAGACACGGUGUUCUAUAUGCAAUUGGAGGUUAUGAAGUUUGAUUUGUACCAUAAUAGAAAUAAAAAAAGUAAUGAACGUAACACAAUUAAAUUCUAGUCCAAUAAGUAAUUAAUCAUUAGAUUAUUAUUUAGAUUUAAGACAAAGUGUAAAGAUUUUCUAAUAUAAGAAAUGUUAAAAAUAUGAACCGAUUCCAAAAUUAUACUCUAAAAUUAAUUUUCUAUCUGUUCAACUAGAGUCUGCUCUUUGUUCAUACUGAUGAAAAUAUUA